AUGCGAGCUGAUGUAGCAGUAUCAGGGCGAUUUGACCACCGGUGGCUGGCAUACGCCACGCUUAAGGAUAUGUCGUGGCUCAGAGAUCGACAGGGUAAGGCAUACAGCUUGAACGGGGCCGACUUUGCGCGAAACUUGAAUUACCUUGGCGAGACAAUGACGUGGACGACCCUGCAGAGUGGCAUGGUCUUGUUCUCUCCUACGCGUGACAUGGCGUCCCAGUCUAUGGCAAAGCGACGGCAUUUUGGGUCCUUCUGCCUCGCGCUGCUUUACAAUUUCCCGUCACUGGUAUAUCGACCACUGGAGCCUGGGUCUGUGAUUGCAUACUCUACAAAGGUGCACCAGUUCCAUGACUGGCUUCUAUCUGGUGACGGUAAGUCGCUCAGACAUUUCGAUACGGGCAUGGAAUGUGGAGUGCAACCGGUCGCGUCGAUGGCGGCAUGCGAUAUAGCCGCGUCAACAGCUAGUAAGUCUCCUGUUCACUUUGGAGCGCAUCCGGCGCUUACUCGCGUUGUCCACAUGUGGGCUGGACGACGAAGGUGGCGGCCGCAACGACGUAAACUGAAACAGAUUAUCACCCGGCGGCGCCGUGCUGUAGGGACUAGACUUCUUGAUAAACGUGUGGCAACGACGGACUUUCACGUGAUCUCGGAAGGUACAACAUUGAUUACUUGGAGGGACAUUCGACGAAUACGAGCGUCCUUUCCGACAAACGCUCAGACGCUGUAUAGGCUAAAGAGUAACAGUUUUCCGCUCUGGAAUUGGGCGAAGCAAGAUCUGUCUUGCCCGGUCCCUGAGUGUGCGAAUGCUGGUCCAGCUCUGGCAAGCCAUAUCUUUUGGACAUGCUCUAGUGCGCGUCGUCGCUGGGAGUUUCUCCUUGAUCGGUGGCGAUGGCUUGGAACCUUCCAGGAGGCUGAAUUGAAUGUUUGGGUGUUUGGCCUGGACCUCCCGGCGAUUCCACCCUACGCCUGGGAUGUAAUUAAGCAAUCCAUGUACCCAGGCACUAAUUUAUCAAAAGCUCAGGCUGCUAUAUUUCCGGCAGCUAGAGAGCUGUGGCGUUUUGUCGUAUCAACGACCCUCCAUGCAAUCUGGGUCGAGCGCCUCCGCCGCAUGGAAGACUCGUCGUUAUCACAGGAGGUGCACAUAGCCAGCGCCAAGACGAGCUUUCGUCGGUCGGUCAGACGGUUUCGGCGAUCAACCUAUCAGCCCAAGAUGGGGGAAGAUGGGCAACUGUUUGCGCAGGUACGGUCGGCCUUGGCUGAUACCCUACUCUGCUACGAUGAACCUCCUUCGUUACUAGUCCGGCCUAUCGACCGGCUCCCUGGCGAGCUUUACCUCCUCUUCUUUGACGGCGGGUCCCGCGGAAAUCCAGGUCCAGGUGGAGCCGGGUCUGUGAUUGUACGACUACACGUUCCGACUCACGCCGCAUGCGUUCUGUGGGUAUCAAGUAUGGCUUAUGCAUCUGCCGAUACCACUAACAAUGUCGCUGAAUAUUGGGGGCUCGUGCAUGGUCUUCGGCAAGCAAAGACAGGCGACUACUCACCCCUGCACGUCAUUGGGGACAGUGCGCUUGUACUUUCUCAACUCCGAACACAACACCCUCCACGCAAGCCGCACUUGGUGCGUUUAUUCAACGAAGCACGUGCCAUCGCUAACGAUAUUGAUGUCGCCAGCUGGGGACAUCAAUACCGCACCUUCAACAAAAUGGCGGAUCGACUGGCAAAUAUCGCUAUGGACACGGGAUCUUCUAUACAAACGCACGCUAUCUCGAACCCAGGUCUGGUCCAGGAGGCUUCAAACUUCCUUGACACUGAUGUCAAUCAUUGGUUGGAGACCUCUCAAGCCGACCAUCAACUCGUCAUACAGGGCCCCGGGCUGACCUCGAGGAACCUGAUUAUCUCGAGACAGGAGUCUGCGCGUAGGCGCUCUGCUGUGCGAGGACUAGCGCUGCCUAGUAUAUAA